CCAGCUGGGGACGUGUCUGGGGGUCAGCACGCUCCUGCGCUUCUCUUCCAGCUCGCCUGACCGUGUCCUACAGCCGGAGCAGCGGUCCUGGCGGGCAGCACGUUAAUAAAGUGAAUACCAAGGCAGAAAUUCGAUUCCACCUGGCAUCAGCAGACUGGAUUCCAGAAGAUGCGAGACAAAAAAUGGCAUCGAUGCACAGGAAUAAGAUAAACCGAGCUGGCGAGCUGAUUGUGACCUCUGAAGAGAGUCGCUACCAAAUGAGGAAUCUGGCGAUUUGUUUAGAAAAAAUCAGAACCAUGGUCGCAGAGGCAACUGAGAAGCCCAAGGUGGUAUCUAAGGAGACAACACAGAAACUCAUAGAGAGGGUGGAAAAAAUGAACCGUGAACGACUGCGACAGAAAAAGAUACACUCAAAUAUAAAACAGAGCAGGAAAGCAGACUUUGACUGAGAACAGCGGAGACUGAAGUCCUUGGCAUACUGUCUUUUUAAAGAAAUGGCAUUGGCAGCUGUAGAUGAUGCUAAACUCACGAGCUGUAUUCAAUAAAAAUGGUCUAAAAGUGUAAAUAAAAA